AUGACCGGCGCACAGCAACCUCAAGUUGCUGCGCUGCAGCGCGCAUCCCUUCACUUUCUUGUUCGACUCGAGGCAAUCAAGCCACAAGCACUCGGAAUCUGGAAGCAGGAAAGCCACAACAGUCCUAGUCAAUCAAUGGCACAUCGGUACCGCUCCUCUAUGGCGGCUCAACAGAUCCCGCAAGCCACCUUUCCAAGCUUUGCAUUGCGAGGACCCCACACAGCUUCCCUUGGAGCUUUCAAAGUUCGCCGGGAGGAGUACUUUGAUCGUUCUUUGAGCGAAUUUCGCAUAGGCAAGUAUGAUGCAAAUACCCGAACGUACGAUUUGCAAGGCGUCGAGUGUGAGUGGAGCGUGCUCAAUUAG